GUGUCAAUGUCAAUCCGCCAAAUGUGAAAUGUGUGAGAGUAAGAUAUAAAGACCGCUUUUUAUUUCCUAUAGGAAGGACUAUAAGUGUUUAAGGCUAAAUUUAUGCAUUGAACUAUUCGACAAAUAAAUUUUGUCUAAAUAAAAUCAAAAUGACCCCUGAAGAGAUUGUAGAAAAGUUAAAAUUAUUAGGGUUAAGUGAGCAGAAAGCAAAGGAAACUUUGAAAAAUGUUAACGUUACGAAGAUCUUACUUGCCGCGUUGAACGAGGUUGAUCUGCAAAAGGCACCGUCCGGUGCGGGCAUAUUAUUGUACCAUCUGGCGACCAAGAUUAAGCCACAAAUAACUGAAAAUUUAUCAUUUCUAUGCAAGAACAUAGCUGAAGGAAAAUUAGAUUCCACUCUACGUGUUGAUGCCGCUAUAGAGUACCUUCUUAAUACUGUAAAUGAAUCAAGUGUCGAUGUUGGCAAGUUUGAAGAAGCAUGCGGUGUGGGUGUUUCUAUAACACCAGAGCAAAUUGAGCAGGCUGUUGAAAAACAUAUGGCCCAGUAUAAACAAGAAUUAAUUGAUAAAAGGUACAGAUUUAAUUCCGGUAUCGUAAUGCAAGCAGUAAGAGCUGAAUUAAAAUGGGCUGAUGGAAAAGCUAUUAAAAGUGAAGUAGAAAUACAGAUUUUAGAUUUAUUAGGCCCUAAAACUGAGGCUGAUUUAGCACCUGUACCUAAAACUGAGAAGAAAACAAAAGGUGGUGAAGGUGCAAAGAAAAGCAAAAAAGAAAAUCAACAUGACAACAAAGUAUCUGAAAAAAUUGAAUUAUCUGAAUCCACUGGUGGGGCAAUAUCAAUGAUGGAUUUAAUGAAAAAACUCCCUUUCCAUGCACCUGGAGAGAAUUAUAAAUCAGAUGGUUAUGUUGUAACUCCUAAUACAAAAAGGUUACUUGAAGAACAUUUAAAAAUAACUAGGGGCAAGGUACGGACAAGAUUUCCGCCUGAACCAAAUGGAAUCUUACAUAUUGGCCAUGCUAAGGCUAUUAAUAUAAACUUUGGUUAUGCCGCUGCACAUGAUGGUGUAUGUUUCUUGAGAUAUGAUGAUACAAACCCUGAAAAAGAAGAAGAGAAAUUCUUUAUUGGCAUUAAGGAUAUGGUGGAAUGGUUAGGUUAUAAACCUUACAAAAUAACCCAUUCAUCUGAUUAUUUUGAUCAAUUAUAUGAAUGGGCAGUUCAGUUGAUUAAGAAAGAUAAUGCAUAUGUGUGUCAUCAAAAAUCUGAGGAAAUUAAAGGGUUUAAUCCACCUCCUUCCCCAUGGAGAAAUAGACCUAUCGAGGAGAGCCUGCAGUUGUUCGAGGAUAUGAAAAAUGGCAAAAUUGAUGAAGGUGAUGCAACCUUAAGAAUGAAGAUAACUCUAGAAGAAGGGAAGCAGGAUCCGGUUGCAUAUAGAAUAAAGUUUAUACCUCACCACCGCACCGGCAGUAAAUGGUGCAUUUACCCUACUUACGAUUAUACCCAUUGUCUCUGUGAUAGCAUAGAGCAUAUUACUCAUUCUCUCUGCACUAAGGAAUUUCAGUCUCGAAGAUCGUCAUAUUACUGGUUGUGCAAUGCUCUAGACAUUUACUGUCCCGUACAAUGGGAGUAUGGUCGACUUAAUGUCAACUACACCGUGGUCUCCAAGAGGAAGAUAGCCAAGCUUAUUGAUGAAGGAGUUGUUAAUGAUUGGGAUGACCCUCGUCUGUAUACGCUGACGGCGCUGCGGCGUCGCGGCGUGCCCGCGGCCGCUGUCAACUCGUUCUGCGCGGCGCUCGGCGUGACGGGCGCGGUGGGCGCUGUCGACCCCGUAAUGCUGGAUGCUGCCGUUAGAGACGUACUUAAUGUUACUGCACCCAGAACAAUGGUGGUAUUAGAGCCUUUAAAAAUAACGAUAACCAAUUACUCCGGGAAUGGGCCGAUAGUGUACACGGUGCCUGACUUCCCCACGGAGCCGGAGAGGGGAUCUCACAAAGUGGUGUUCAAUAAAGUUCUAUAUAUAGAGUACAGCGACUUCAAGGAGCAACCAGAAAAGGGCUACCGAAGACUAACGCCCACUCAGUGUGUAGGCUUGAGACACUCUGAUUUCGUUAUUAAGGUUUCCAAAGUAAUAAAAGAUGAAAGUGGUAAAGUAAUUGAGGUGGAAUGUGAGGCAGAAAAUGUGACAUCUGCGGAGAAACCGAAAGCUUUCAUACAUUGGGUAGCGGACCCUAUAGCUAUUGAAGCGAGACUUUAUGAACCUUUAUUUAAACAUAAAAACCCCGAGGACACGAGCGAAGUGCCGGCAGGUUUUCUGUCCGACUGUCGCGAGGAUACGUUGAAGGUGGUGACGGCGCUCGCAGACCAGUCGCUGGCUGGGGCCAGGGUGUAUGACAACUUCCAGUUUGAAAGGAUCGGCUUUUUCUCUAUCGAUCCUGAUACCACCACUGAUAAGAUGGUUUUCAACAGAACUGUAUCUCUUAAAGAAGAUACUGGGAAAUAAAAGCAUAUUUAGGUACCAUUUUUAAACUGUUUGUACACAUUUUAUAUACAUAUAUUUAUGAAAUUAAAAAUAAAGAAC